CCUCCUCCGUCAGAUCCUCUGCUCCGGUGCCACCGAAGAAAGCAGGCGUAAGGAUUUAGCAGCAAUCAUGUCUUUCGAUCCCAUUUCAUUCGCAAAGGAUUUCGUCGCCGGUGGCGUCGCCGCGGCCAUCUCCAAGACGGCCGUCGCGCCCAUCGAACGCGUCAAGCUUCUGCUGCAGGUGCAACAUGCCUCCCAGCAAAUCACCGAAGCCCAGCGGUACAAAGGCAUGGUCGACUGCUUCGUCCGCAUCCCCAAAGAGCAAGGCUUCCUCAGCUUCUGGCGUGGCAACAUGGCCAACGUGAUCCGAUACUUCCCCACCCAGGCACUCAACUUUGCCUUCAAGGACAAGUACAAGCAGAUCUUCCUCGGGGGCGUCGACAAGAAGACCCAGUUCUGGCGCUACUUCGCCGGCAACCUGGCUUCCGGAGGUGCGGCCGGAGCCACAUCCCUGUGCUUCGUCUACCCACUGGACUUUGCCCGAACACGGCUGGCCGCUGACAUUGGCAAGGGUGCCGGACAGCGGGAGUUCAGUGGGCUGGGCAACUGCCUCGCCAAGAUUUUCAAGUCCGAUGGCCUUGCGGGUCUGUACCGUGGCUUCAACGUGUCUGUCCAGGGCAUCAUCAUCUACCGGGCGGCCUACUUUGGCUUCUUCGACACAGCCAAGGGCAUGCUUCCGGACCCCAAGAACACACCCAUUGUCAUCUCGUGGCUCAUUGCGCAGACCGUGACCACAGUGGCGGGCAUCAUGUCGUAUCCGUUCGACACUGUCCGGAGGCGGAUGAUGAUGCAGAGUGGCCGGGCAAAGGGCGACCUAAUGUACAAGAGCACCAUACACUGCUGGGGCAAGAUCUACAAGACUGAGGGCGGCGCCGCUUUCUUCAAGGGAGCCUUCUCAAACGUCAUCCGAGGCACCGGAGGCGCACUUGUGCUGGUCCUGUACGAUGAAAUCAAGGCCUUCAUCUUCUAGGGACCACACACACUAUGUGCAUAAAAAAAAGUUGGACUCUUGAGAGCAAACAAAGUGAAAACACAAGCUUUGCCAAGGCUUCAAUGCCUGCCUCCCCCACAGACUUCUUGUUGAUGCAGUUUGUUCGUGCCCCCCAUUUUCUUUUUUCUUCAGUUAUGGUCUUUGUUGAAUUUACAUAGCCCCGGCUUUGCUUCUGUCCUGUGGCAUGUCUUUGGGGAAGUAGACUCUGCAGGACUGGAGAAUAUUGUUACCCUCCCCCUUCACCAAUUGGCACUUAACUUAAUCAGCCCAUACAUUCCACACGCCUGCUGCUAAUAGGGAUGAAUGAAGGGAACUUAUUGCUGGGAAGUUCUGUGGGGGGAGGGGUGCUGUUGCUGAGCAGUUUUUGAAGCUAGAACAAUAAAGGUGUAGAAAAAAAUUGA